AUGAAGGUAACAGCAUUUGCCUUUGCGUCGGUCGCAGCCACGAAGCAGUCCAUUCUGACCUUGACGGCCGAAGAAAAGGAUGUCUUGGGUGCCGAAUUGGCCAAGUGGGAAGAAGAUUUCGGUACCCAAGCCCUUGCACGUGGCCUCCUCCCCCACACCGUCAGAAUGGAAAGCAGGCGCUCGGAGGUGGACAUCCACGACGAGAAGCUGCAGCGCCUCAUGGACACCAAGUUCCAAGCCGACCUGGCUCAGAUUCAAAACCCCAACGCUACCUUCGACUGGAACAAUCAGUUUGCCCUCCUCAACGAAGACGAGUUCAAGGCGUUCGCGUCCACGUCGUUGAACCAAGAAGGCCACGUACACAGCCAAAUCGACAACGCCGAGCAAGAGGUUACUGUCAGUUCCACCAGGGCCUCCUCCGUGGACUGGACGUCUCGAUGCAACCCCCCGGUGCGCAACCAAGGGAUGUGCGGGUCGUGCUGGGCCCACGCGGCGGUGGGAGCAGCCGAGGCCGCCCACUGCAUCGCCACAGGCCAGUUGCUGAGCUUGUCGGUGCAAGAAGUAACGAGUUGCUCGACCGAAGGCGGAAGCGCUGGCUGCAACAGGGGCUCCCCCACCCACGCCAUUACGUACGUGGCGAAGCAGGGUUUGUGCUUGGACAGUGCGUGGACUUACACUGGCCAAACCGGAUCGUGUGGUCGCCAAUGCGAAAAGCAGAAGCUGUCCAUCGGCGCCAUGGUCCAAGUGUCGGGUGAAAGCGCGCUAGUGUCCGCUCUGAACAGCCAACCAGUGACAGCGAUCGUGGAAUCUGCCAACAACGUGUGGAAGAACUACAAGGGCGGGUUGGUGAGCCAAUGCCCUGGCGCCCACUCGGAGCAUGUCGUGAUUGUCGUGGGGUACGACAACGAGUCGUUCAAGAUCAAGAACUCGUGGGGAACCAACUGGGGCGAAGAAGGCUACAUACGUCUGCGUCGCGGCGGGGGUGGCAAAGGCAUGUGCAACAUCGCAGAUAGGAUAGCGUUUCCCAAACUAAGCGGCGGCCCCCAUCCACCCUCCCCUUCCCAACCCUCCCCGUCCAAGCCGAGUUCCCAUCCCUCCCCGUCCAUGUCGCCUUCCGAACCCUUCUCGCCUAUGUCGCCUUCCCAACCCUUCUCGCCUUCCCAGCCCUCCCCGUCCAUGUCGCCUUCCGAACCCUUCUCGCCUAUGUCGCCUUCCCAACCCUUCUCGCCUUCCCAGCCCUUCCCGUCCAUGUCGCCUUCCCAACCCUUCUCGCCAUCCGAACCCUUAUCGCCCAUGUCGCCUUCCCAACCCUUCUCGCCCAUGUCGCCUUCCCAAUCCUUCCCGUCCAUGUCGCCUUCCCAACCCUUCUCGCCUUCCGAACCCUUCUCGCCCAUGUCGCCUUCCCAACCCUUCUCGCCCAUGUCGCCUUCCCAAUCCUUCCCGUCCAUGUCGCCUUCCCAACCCUUCUCGCCUUCCGAACCCAUGUCGCCUUCCCAACCCUUCCCGUUGAUGCCGAGUUUCCCAUCCUCCCGCGAUGAUGUUGACUUUCGAACCCUUCCGUCCAUAUCGACUUCAAUACAUUCCCCAUCCAUGUCGACUUCAAUACAUUCCCCGUCCAUGUCGACGUCCAAACAUUCCCCGUCCAAGUCGACUUCUAAAACCUUCCCGUCCAUGGCGCCUUCCGAACACAUGUCGACUGUCGAACCCAUGACGUCCAUGUCCAAGCGUGGAUGCUCCGGCUGCAACGCGUGCUACUGCCCCGGUGAGAACUCGUGCUUGCGUGGCUUUAGUCAACAAGAGUGCAAUGACUAUAGUGCCAACUACGACACCAUGUGGUGCGCCAACUAG